AUGGAGUUAAUCAGGACCCUUAAGUGCUAUACAUGGGAAACAAAAGUGGUGCUAACUCUAGCUGCUUUUGCUGUGUAUAAUGGAGAAUUCCGGCUUAUGGCUCAGCUUCGCAUUAAGAACCCAUCAGUCAAGUAUGUGGCCAUCCUGAAGCAACUAUCAGUGAAAUCUCAACUUAAGGCCAUUGACAACAUUACCGAGUCCAUCAUCAAAGUUACCAAGUGCUUCGUCGAGUACGUUGAGCUGAUCCAGUCCAACUACAUUUCAGAAGACACACCUCCUCUGUCAAAUGACAUUCUUCUCGCUGUGUGUCUUGUCCUUCGAGGCAUACUGGCUUGUGCCUUUCAUAUCUCCGACCUCACUCAACGCAGCAGAGAUGAGUACACCAAAUCAACCGAGGAGUACUCAGGGGAACUACCAAGCCACUUUUAUGAAAAUGAAGACGACAUCCCAUGGGAACUAACAAACUUGGCUGAUUUGCUUGAUAAAUAUCAUCCAUAUAUCGAGAAGAUGCGACAUGAGGAAUAUUAUAAAAAUCUGAUAUGCCUUUUCCAAGGCCCCCACCAGGACCUGGACAAUGUCAAGUAUUUACAGGCACUGAUUUCACAGAAGGCUGAUACACGACCACUCGAAAUUGGUACAAGCAAGUCAAGGUUCAAUCUUGAAAGGCUAAGGGGGAGGCAAGUGUUACUCUUGAUAUCCGAUCUUAGUCUGAGCAAUGAAGAGAUUGUGAUUCUUGAUCACAUCUAUAAAGAACGGCAGAACAGGGCAGGAGUUGAGUAUGAGAUUGUUUGGCUCCCCGUUGUGGACGCAACCACUUGGGAUGAAGCAAAACGGUUUAGAUUUGAGGAACUAAAGUCAAAGAUGCCGUGGUACGCGGUGCACGACCCUCUAAUAAUUGAGCCACCGGUGAUCAAGUUCAUCAGAAACGAUUGGCAUUUCGACAAGAAGAUGAUUAUAGUGUCCUUGGAUCCACAAGGAAGGGUGUCCUCCCUGAAUGCUGUCCACAUGCUGUGGGUAUGGGGCAACGUGGCUUUCCCUUUCACUGAUGAGAAAGAGCAGGUACUGUGGAAUGCAGAGAGCUGGAGACUCCAGCUCGUUGCCAAUGGCAUUGAUCCAAUCAUACUGGACUGGAUAGAGAAAGGGAAAUAUAUAUGCUUGUAUGGAGGUGAUGAUUUGGAAUGGAUUCGGAAGUUCACGGUGAGAGCAAAAGUUGUUGCAGGACUUGCUGGUAUCUCCUUAGAACUGCUUUAUGUAGGAAGAAGUACAGCAACCAGGGAGCGGAUCAGGAAAGUGAACAAAGUCAUUGAAACAGAGAACCUCAGCCGGUUCUGGCCUGAUUACACAUCCAAUUGGUUCUUUUGGUCCCGAAUGGAUAGCAUGCGGUGCUCCAAGGCGAAACACCACAAGACUGUAGAGAAUGAUGAGAUACUGAAGGAGGUCAUGACUUUGCUGAGCUAUGAUGGAAGUGACCAAGGAUGGGUUAUGGUGUGGAGAGGCUCAAAUGAGACGGCCAGAGCCAAUGGACAGCUCACUUCUAUACAGCGCCACACGCCGCACCACUGCAUCCGUUUGAUCAUUCCAGGGUUCGGUCCAGACAUUCCAGACAGAGUGGAGUGCUCGGAGUGUGGCCGUGAAAUGGAGAAGUUCAUCAUCUACCGCUGCUGUCACGAUUGA